CGACUGUCUGAACUGCAUGUAUGUAAUUUUAGUGAGUAAAUCACGUGAUGUUCGCAACUACUUCAACUGUAAUUUGUGGGGAAACAUACCUUAGUACACUCACCCGGUCUGCCGGUUUAGAAUGUCGACCUUAGAUGUGAUACUUUAAAGUACAAGCUCAACUUUAAAACAAGCAUUACUCAGGUAGAUACGUAUUUAUCUACAAAUAAUAAUAAACGUCUGUGUGAUUUUUUAUUUCUAUUUAUGUCAAAUUACGAAACCGUAUAUGUCUUUUGAUUUCACACAACCGAAAAAACCACAGCAGAAAGCUCUCAUAGAUUCGAGUCCCCCAAGUGUUGUCCGACUUGGGUCCUUUACCACCACCAUUUCAAAACUUGGUUUCAAUUUGCCGACAAGAUGAAUCGGAAGGAUCAUUCUAGUAUUCUAGACCGCCACAACCGCGCCAUCGCGCAGAUCCUCUCGCACUUCCGCAACAUAGUCAUGGCUGCCACCGCACCCAUCUCGCAAGGCGGCAACGUCCUCGAGCUCGCUGCGCUCAACCGUAUGACCAUGGAGACCGAGUCCGCCGCUCUGAUCUCCGAAAUCCAAGGCCUCCUAGCCAUCAACCGGGAGAUCAAAGCCCUAUGGAUCCGCGGGCCGCUGCGACAGCCCGGCGACAGCGAUACCCGCGAGGCCGAGCUCGACAAGCAGGCCGCGGACGUCGCGCGCCUGUACGACCGCGCCAUCGAGAUGCGGGAAGCGGCUAUCCGCCAGGAGAACGCUGCCAAGGCCGGAGGUGAUCUCUCCUCCGCGAGUUCCUAGGAGGACAAGGCGGGUGGUGAUGAGGAGAAGAAGACCGGCGCUGAGGAGACUGCGGAUAACGCCGUCAAGGAGGAGAGCGAAUAAGGACGCUGGUGAAGUUGGCGACGACGCUAGCUCGAGAGCCUCUGCGCUUACGCGACUAUGUAAUAUACCCUUCAGCCCGGGUACCAAUUAUAACAAGCCACAAUAAAUAGAUAUAAGUAAGAUGUCGAGCAGACUCG